CGCAGCGUCCGCAACAUGACGUCGAGCGCCGCCGCCAAGAAGGGCCAACCGACGUGGUACAUGCCACAACCCAUGCAAUCCCUCAUGGAGUAUUGGGAUCGGCAUUAUCCCCUCAAGUUGUACAACAGUAUGACGCGCACGAAAACCACGUUUGUCCCGAUGCAGAACAAGCGCGUGUUGUGGUACAUGUGCGGCCCCACGGUCUACGACAUCACGCACUUGGGCCACGGACGCACGUACACGUGCUUUGACUACGUUCGUCGCAUCCUGGAAGACUACUUUGGGUAUCAAGUCGAGCUCGUGAUGAACAUCACGGAUGUCGACGACAAGAUCAUUGUGCGCGCCGCCGAGAACGGGUGGACCGAAGCGCACCCAGGUCAAUCUUUGCCGGCUUCCAAGGACGAAGCCGCCAAGACCGUCUUAGCGUGGGCGUCCGAGCAGACCGCGGAAAGCAACAUGCAACGCACGAGCGAUCUUUCCAAGUACUUUGAGAAGACGUUCAUGGACGACAUGGCUGCGCUUAACAUCAAGCCGCCAACCGUGUUGACGCGCGUCAGCGAGUACAUGCCCGAGAUCGUCGAGUUCGUCCAAGGCAUCAUUGCCAAUGGCUACGCGUACGAGAGCAACGGGUCGGUCUACUUUGACACGGUUGCGUUCGCGAAAGCCAAAGGCAAGAACUACGGCAAGCUCGUGCCGGAGAACGUUGGGCAGUCCGAGUUGCUGGCCGAAGGAGAAGGAUCGUUGUCUGUCGGUGCGUCGGACAAGCGCAAUGGAAAUGACUUUGCUUUGUGGAAAAAGUCCAAGCGCGGCGAACCGUUCUGGAUGAGUCCAUGGGGUGAAGGCCGGCCUGGGUGGCACAUUGAGUGCUCCGCGAUGGCGAGCGAUGCGCUCAAACACUUGGAAGGCGGACGCAUCGACAUCCACACGGGCGGCGUCGACCUGCGCUUUCCGCACCACGACAACGAGAUUGCUCAGUCGGAAGCGUACUUUGACUUUGAGCAAUGGAUCAAUUACUUUAUCCACACGGGCCACUUGAACAUCGAGGGGCUCAAGAUGUCGAAAUCGCUCAAGAACUUUGUCAAGAUCAACCAGGCGCUCGUGCACAACACGCCGCGGCAGCUGCGCUUCCUCUUCCUCCUGCACAAGUACAACGUCCCGAUGGACUACAACGACAACACGAUGGACGAAGCGGUCGGCGUCGACGCGUUCUUUAGCAAGUUCUUCCAGAACGUCAAGGCGACUUUGCGCGAGACAGGCAUCGAACAGUCCCAAAAGUGGACGGCCGCCGAGAAGGCCCUGGGCAAAGCCGUCUUGGACACGAAGGAGAAGGUGCAUCAAGCGCUCGCCGACGACCUUGACACCCCGCUCGCGCUCCGACUGCUGCAGGAACUGGCGAAAGAUGUCAACCGGUAUGUGGCGUCGUCGCCGUCGCCGGUCUCGAUGGCGAUCCGAUCAGCCGCCGAGUACAUCACGUGCAUGCUCCGCAUCUUUGGGCUUAUCCCCAACAGCUCCGGUGACAUUGGGUUCCCUCUGGAAGGCGCGGCAGGUGGCCAAGAAGAGACGCUCGCGCCUGUCCUGGACAUCUUCACCGAGUUCCGCGACGAGGUCCGCGCUGUGCUGUUCAACUCGGACCCGUCGGUGGACCUGAAGAAGACGCUCAUGGCCCUCUGCGACAGCGUCCGCGAUUCGAAGCUUCCCCACGCCGGCGUCCGUCUCGAAGACCGUUCGGGUGGCAAGUCGGUGUGGAAGCUCGCCGACAAGGACGAACUCCUUGCGGAAAUCAAGGCCAAGGAGGAUGAAAAGGCGGCCAAGGAAGCCGCCAAGCUCCAACGCGCUGCGGACGAACUCAAGAAGCAGGCGGAAGAGCGUGAACGCGCACAGAUCCACCCGACGGACUUGUUCAAGUCGUCGCCAGAGUACUCGGCGUUCAACGAACAAGGCUUGCCGACGUUGCUUGCGUCCGGCGAACCCGUCGCCAAGAGCCUGCUCAAGAAGCUUGCCAAGGAGCAAGACAAGCACCAAAAGCUGUACGACAAGUACCACAUGGAGUAGAUGUUGGAAUUGAUGUCCGCAGUGCAUGAAGCGAAUGCGUGCUCCCUGCCGCAAUUUUGUCCCAGCGCCCGCACACCCUUCCUCUCGCGUGGUUGCGACCCCGCCGCGGCGGUCUUGGGAAAACCUG